AUGUCAUUGGCAGUCCGGAAUCUUUUAAGCAUUCUGUCACAGUCAUUUAGGAAAGCCAAACACCUUAUAUGUGUGAUGAAACGACAACAGGACCCCGACACUGAGUUCCCCCACGGUACAAAGCUUCCCAGGUCUGAUCAGGUAAUGAGUGUUGGUAUUAAUUUCCAACGUGCUUCAAAAACCGAUAAGAAUGUGUCUGCUGCUGGUCAGGUUUGUGCUGCAAAGUUGCCAAUUGAUAUUUUAUCCUGCUCACUUUCAACAAGACCCCCACUAGAUGUUUUCCGCGUAACAAAGAAGUUCAACCCAAAGACUGUCUGCAACCAUCGUGUCUACCAGUACCUCCUGCCGUCUUUCUCUUUCGCUUCAGGAGACAAUAUAACGCUGGAAAAUUGUUGGAGGUACCGUCUUUCGGCGGAAUCUUUAACUCGCGUAAACGAGCUGCUGCGGCGUUACAAAGGCACCCACAAUUUUUUCAAUUUUACUUCCAGGAGAACGCCCGAUGAUAAAAGCUGUAUGCGCUACAUUAUGUCAAUUGAAUGUAGUCCGCCGUUUUUGCUUGAUGGAGACCGUGAAUUCGCAAUUAUAACCGUCCAGGGACAGUCGUUUAUGCUCCAUCAAAUCAGAAAAAUGAUAGGUCUAGUUAUCGCCAUUGUGAAGGGUCGUACGGAUAUACCGAAGGCGCCGGGCUUGGGGCUGCUGCUUGACCAGGUUAGCUACGCCCGUUACAAUGAACGAUUUUGCGCCGACGGAAGUCAUCAAUCCAUUGACUGGGAGAGGUAUAGGGUAGGCUAUGUUUAA